AUGGACCCCCUCAUCGGUGCUCCCGGGACCACAGCGAAACCAUCUCUCCACCAUGACCUCCUCCGACGAGACUCUGGACAGAUUCUGAUGGCUCCAGAUUACACUUGUGGCUACAUUGACGGCCGAGCUGUGAAAUGCACAAAUCAGGGUUGGCCCUAUUGUGUUCCACACACCUUCCCCGAUCUAUCUGCAAUCUACUAUACUUGCGAAGACUCAGUCAUCGCUACACUCGCGGUUAGCACGAAUCCCAAUGGCCAAGUCCCUGCACGCGUAUGGAAUACACUGCUUGACAAUGCCUUGUCCUCAGGCGCAUCGGCCUCUGCUAGUGCGGGUAUCACUACAUCAGCGCAGACUCAAUCAACUGCGUCAAGAGGAAGCACUGGGACCACGUCAGCGUCGCCGACAUCAACGACAUCAAGCGUUGUUCAAAGUAUAACAGAAGGGACCCUUUCGCGGAACACCAUCAUUGGCAUCGCUGUAGGAGGAUUUGCAAUCAUAUGUGCAGUGAUUGGUUCCGGAAUCUGGUGGUGCAUGCGUCGUCGUCGAAGGGCACACCAAGCCAGCUACCGUCCACCACAAGGGUCCUAUCACUAUGGAGCCCCUCCCCCCAUGCCACCACCCUCAUUUGUUCCUCCACCUUACCCACAUCCUGGCUCGGUGCCGAAGCCCUUUGACGGCCGUCCAAAUCCAGGAUACGGAGCCGGUGGACCGACGGGCCAGGCCCAUUCGCACGUCAAUUACCAUGCCACCAGCCCAGUCUCACCCGUGGGCUCGCCGCCGCCUCCUCCAUCGCGAUACGAGCUGACCUCUCAGACCUCAAUGUCGGUUCCGACGUCGAGGUCCGAGCUCAGUUCGACACCAGGUGCACCCCGUACCUAUGCCGAGUUACCUGCAGCGAGGGAGCUUAGAUAG